GUGCUGUUCUUCCUUCAACACAACAACCAACAGGAUCGCCGCUGGUAUUAAAUAAUAAUAUGUAUAUCUUCAAUACACAAAAUUAUACGUGGGUUAACACUUUUGAUGCAUCAAAUAUAAAUGGAUCUAAUCCAACAAACUCUGACGAUAAGAAAGAUUCAAAUGAUUCAAUUUUAUUAGGCGCAAAGAUUGGUAUUGGUAUAGGUGUAUUGGUUGCCCUUAUUCUCAUAGGGGUUGCGGGAUUUUUUAUCUAUAAAAAAAUUCGUUCUCACGAUCAUCGUCAUUCUAUUGCAACUCCUGGCUCGUUAUAUACAGAAUAUACAGAAAAUACAGAAAAGAGUUUUCAUAAUAUUUAA